AUGCUCCUGUCCAAUGUUAUCUCGCCUCUCCUGUUGGCUGGUGUAGUCGCUGCUUCUCCUACCAACGUUGGCUCUGACUACAGUGACGCCGUCCUUGUGUCGCGCUCCAUCCCAAAGAAUUUUGCAGCUCACGCGGCAGCAGCAAUCAAAGCAUUUGGCCCAUCUCCCUCAAAGACGAUGAUGCAUUCGAAUAUCGGUGCGGCCAAAGCUUUCCAGGUGGCCAAGAGUAAACGCCUGCAGACCGUGGAAACAACGAUUUUCCAAGCCAUUCAGGCGGACAAGAAGUCGAAGAAGAACGAGUACAAAGACACGUUGGCAAAGUACUGCAUCGACAAGACCACCUUUUGUGACGUUCAAAGCGGCAACGUCAAGGACUGGGUUGAGGCAUGGGAUACGAUUUCUUCCGUUUGGGCGAACUACGCGCAAACGGAGACGACGCUGGCCACCAAUAAGGCUGGCCCAGCCAAGGAUUCCUUUUACAAGCGUAUUGAGGAACCUAUCUUGACUACUCACAAGAUUAAGAUCACUGUUGAUAAUAAGCAGUAGGUGACGGGGCACGAUCUAACCAAGUAGAGAUGAAUUAAGUAAUUCAUAAUUAAAUACGAAAUUCGGUCGCUCAAAUAAGAUAUUAUUCCAAUUUGAGUCAUCUCUGUGCAGAUUCUAUUAUGCAGAGCGCGCUGGAUUGAAGCCCAUAGUCAGAGUUUAAGAGUCAUAGUUAACUAGAUCUAACCGAGCUUCCUCUUUCAGAAUGCUACCGAA